CAUGUAGAGCAGUUUGGGUGUCGCAAUAAAGCUAACGAGCCGGGAAACAAGUGAACUCGAGGUGUGCUGUCAAGGUGACCUUUUGCUUGUCACCUGAGUUUGAAAAAAAAUUAUGGGAGUGCUAACAUUUCCCAGCAGUCAACACCUGGCAGCUCAGAGGCUUUCCGGCAGCACAACGCGGCACGACAGGUUUUCCUCUUUGAGGGAGAGCAGAGCGGGCAGUGGCAGUAGCCCAAUAGCGGUGGCUGGAGGAGUGUGUCGGGAGUCUUUACUCGCCCGCUGCUCCGCUGUCCCUGGUCGCUCGGUGACGAGACCUCAAACUUGUGAUUAUUAUUAUCUUUGCAUCAUUUUUGAAAAUCAAUCGUUUAACAAUUAUGAUGGCGCGAAUUGUGUAUUGCAAUUCAACUUCGCUUGAAAUAUGCAGACAACGAGAUGAUAUGAAUACAUGUGAUGCAGAAAACGUUUUUACAAGUGCCUGAGAACUCUGCGGUGGCGAAUCCGUGAGAAGACAUUGGCGCGUGUUAGAGCCAGAAAAUGACGUACGGCAGGCAGGCUUCCGUCAUAUGAUCCCUGGCAAUGAACUGAGAUAAGCCAGACAGCCGCCCACCAGGAGCUCCCUAACGCGAGGACGAUUGAGCCAGGCAAGUGCAGUGCAGAAAGGUAACGGAAUAGGAAAGAAAGGAGAAAGACAGUGUAUGCGCCGUUACGUGAGGUGUGUCCGUAGAGUAGUGUGUGAGAACAAAAGACAAACAACAACAAAAGAAAAGAACAGUGAAAUCCAUGUUGAGAGAGUAACGCGUAGGUGUCUUAACGUUACCUUUACAAUAUAGAAAACUUGAAACCAGCAGCUGCAAAAACACUAUAAGCAUCAACACGUAAACAAACUGCAAAGGGAAGAAGAAUAACAUAAACCAAACACCAUCACCAACCACAAUCACCACCAUCUCCACCUCAAAUGACGUCAGUACGAUAAGGAACAACAGCAGCAGCAACAACAAACAGCGACGAACAAACGACGUCAACUUCAGCAACAUCAAACGUCAAACUCCUCCGGUCCCUUCGUCUCCUUUCCACCAACGUCAUUUGCCGCGACAAGCUCCUAAUAAGCCUCCAAGAUUUUUCCUUUUCCCUUCCACAAGUUUCCCUCCCCGACCAUAAUCCCCUCAUUCUUCCUCCUCUUAUCCUCGGCCGUCCACUUUUUAUCUUCUCACUCUCUCUCUAUCUCUAUCUCCUCGUUUUUUUGUUCUCUUCUAUUUUACUGAACCAGAAAUUGAUUUGUUUUCUUUUAUCUUUUUUCUAAGGUUGUGCUUGAAGUAUUUCGUCCUGGACUCUUCUUUCGCUCGUCUUCUCAUGUUUCGUUCUUUUACAGUGUUUUCCUUUCUUUGUUUGGUCAAAAACUAGUUGUUUCAUCUCUGUCUCUUUCUAUCUGUCUAACGAUCUAUCUAUAUAUCUAACUAACUAUCAAUCUUUCUCGUUUCAAUUUGCGCAUCGUUCUGUUCCACGCUUUCCUUUGGUGACCCAGACAGUCUUUCUUUCAUUUCAUUUCGUGGCUUCAAUUCUCAGGCUUCCAUCCUUUCACCCUCGCCUCCUUCUUUCCAUCUUAAUUUUAUUUCUUCGGCUAUUCUUCUCCCGCUAACAAAUUGCUCUCCAACCUUUCUCCAUCAGCAGUGUUUUCUUUCCAACCCGCCUCCCGUGCUUUUUCUUUUCUCCACGCGCCUCCGCACCUCCCUCCUCGUUACACAGGUCUAUUCACCGCCCACCUUAGCCCCCCCUAAACCCCCCAGCGCCCCACCUUCCGCUAUGCUCCGUGGCGCCCCCUGGCUGCCGGCGCUCCUCCUGGACACCCUUCUCUCCGUGCUGUCCGUCGUGGGCCACGCCUCAGGAGGCUUCACGCUGGAGCAGGGCAUCCCACACUUCAACACCAAGCCCUACUUCCUCCCGCCUCCCGCCCGCAACGUGACGGCGCUGGAGGGACAGUCGGCCUACCUCCACUGCCGUGUCGCUCAGCUGGGAGAUAAGAAGGUGUCGUGGAUCAGGCGACGGGACCUUCACGUGCUCACAUCCGGCGUGCACACCUUCGCCUCUGAUCAGCGGUUCCUAGCACUGCACGCCGAUCGCUCCGAGAACUGGACGCUACAAAUCAGGUUCAGCCAGGUGCGCGACACGGGCGACUACCAGUGCCAGGUGAACACUGACCCGAGGAUAUCCAUGCUGUUUACCCUCAACGUUCUAGAGGCCGCCACCCUGAUGGAAGGCUCGGACCAGCGCUACGUGAGGGCGGGCAGCACCAUCCAGCUCACCUGCAGCACGUCCAUCGCCUCCCAGCCCCCAGGACUCCUCUACUGGUAUCGCGACACGGAGAUCCUAAAGCACGGAGGGCGCGUCAACAUCAGCACGAGCCUCGAGGAUGAGACCGUCAGCAGGCUCCUCGUGCACGGCGCCUCUGUCAACGACUCCGGCAACUACACGUGCUGGCCCACCAAGUUUCUGCCGGCCUCCGUCAUGGUGCACGUGAUACCGGAGGAGAACGCAGCUGCCAAGUCCCAUAGUACAGCCAGCAACGGCGCCGGCAGCUCAACCACCUCCACGGGCACCACGGCAAGAGCUUCCUCCAUAGCAACCCGCGGCCUCCUGCUCCCCUUCCUGCUGUCGCUCCUAUUCACCCUCCCAAAGCUCACCACUAGAACCGAGACAGCCACCACACUCAGCAUCACCGCCGCCACCACUGCCUCGGCCGCCAGUACCACCACCUGCACCACCAGUACUCCUGCCACAGACUCCGUAACUAGCUCUCUCAGGCGGGGACAGACGAUGAGACGGGAGGUGCCGGAGAGAUAGUUUUAUUAGAUGAGAUGGUGUGCUGAGGCUACUAAUGAAGAGAUACUCGUUUAAGGAUCUCUCUCUCUCUCUCUCUCUCUCUCUCUCUCUCUCUCUCUCUCUCUCUCUCUCUCUCUCUCUCUCUCUCUCUCUCGUCAUUCAUCCUGUCUAGCUGUCUGUCUUCUUCCAUCCCUUCUCCGCUCGCCAGUCUCCAUCAUCCCUCACCAACCAGCCCCAAUAAGUGUACAUUCAGUGUUUCAUGGCCCAGUUCUUCGUAAUAUUCCCUGAACUCAUUGCAUUCAAUCUGGCGAAGGUGUGUUGCUGAAGGGGGAAGGAGCUCGAGAUGGUGUAUCGCUUGUCGUGUCGUGUUGCCGGAGAAGGAGAAAGGAAAAGGAAAGAGUGUGGAGCGCCCAUGAACGUGCUCGUCUUCAAGGAGAACCGGCAAUGUAUACGUUCUGUUUCCCUCGAGGUGAGACAGAAGAUGUCAAUUACCGCGCAUCCGGCUUCACCAAGACCUCGUAAGUGGGUGCAAUGCUUCACGAUCAGCUGGACAAGAGUUACAAAUCUCCUCCCCCGACCUUACAAAAAUAAAAGUAUAUCUGCGUAUAUAUAUUAUAUCAAAAUGAAAGACCAUCCUUAGUGUACGUUUGUAUGUUAUGACACACAUUAGCAGAUGCGCACAAACAUACACAUACACACACAUACACACACAUACAUGCAAAAAAACAACAGACACACACACGCGCGUGCGCGUUACAACCCGCUGUGUUUUUUGUGUGUACAUUGCUUGAUGAGCGGCAGCUGAGGACAGUAACGGACAGUUAAGGAGAAAGGGAAAAUUGAUGUCGAUUGGAAGGAAGCGUGUUUUACGUGGCUGGUGCGGGAGUGGAACAAAGGUGUGUGCGGUGCAGGUGCGUGUCGUGGCGAGGACGGCACGAGGCGGGCGUGGCGGCAGAAGAGGACAAAGGAACCGAGACGGGGAGGAGGAUCACUGGCGUCGCAAUAUUAUACAUCAAAUGGGGUCAUUGUUGUUUAUAUGUUGCCCAAUAUUACCAGCACCUUAACUCUUCACACCUUACCUGAUCCACUCACACACACACACACACACACACACACACACACACACACACACACACACACACACACACACACACACACACACACACACACAAACACACAUUUGCACGCAAAGGAUCCAUUAUUACAUGCAACCAUAUCGACAAACACACGCACAGGAAAAUUUCCACACUUGAAAGCCGAGGAUUAAGUGCAGAGACUGUCUUCACGAUGCUUACAGUGAGUGUUGAGUGUACUGUGUGCUCGAACCCAGGUUUACUCAGAGCGGGUGUGCACGAUGUCAGCUGUACACUCGUAGAUGUACAGAUGUGUGUGCACGAGGCCAGGUGUCUGAAUUUAUCAGCCUUUCUGGUAUUCGAUGAAAAAAAAGAUGUACCUCAGUUUCCCUCUCAAAUAAAUAUAUAGUUUUC